UCUCCCAUCCCGAUAACCAAGUGCGGAAAAGCAGAGUGAGAAAUCUCAUCGGCGACGAUGGCGUCUUCAGAUGCAGUUCCUCCGCCACCUCACGAACCAGAACCUGAAAAUCAACUUUGUUCUCUAGUCUACGAGAUAUCACACGAAGCACAAGCGAUCAUGGAGAACAUGCUUAAGAUGAUCACUGAAAUCAAUCAAAAUUCUGUUCUAAUAGAGGAAGAGAUAGAGAAAUGUAAAGGCUCUGCUCUGGAUAAGAAACGAACUUUGGAUGAAGAGAAGAAUCAUUUCCAAAAGGCUGCUUAUGCUGUUCUUGACAUGCUCAACAGAGACUGAUAUACU